CAAUUGAAUGUUGUGGAUCAAGAUAGUCCUAAUGUUGAUGAAUCAAAUGAUCUACAAACUAAUCACAAUAAAGAUAUUGAUAAUGUUUCUGUCAUUCAAGAAUCAAAUUCAUCUGAAAUUCCUAAUGCCAAUGCUCCGGAUAUCUUUAAUGAUGGUCAAGAAGCAGAUUUGAUAGGUUUGUUAUAUAAAAUUUAUGUCAAAAUUAUUAAAAUAAUUGAUAACCGUUUUAUGUAA